AGCUGGUGCUGGGUGGAGGACGCGGUGGUCGGGCCGCGUGGGCUCACACGAGGUAGCUCGCGGCGUCCGGCCGCGCAGGCGCGCUCAAGAUGUCGUACAUGCUUCCGCAUCUGCACAAUGGCUGGCAGGUAGACCAGGCCAUCCUUUCGGAGGAGGACCGCGUGGUCGUCAUUCGUUUCGGACACGACUGGGACCCCACUUGCAUGAAGAUGGACGAGGUUCUGUACAGCAUCGCCGAAAAGAAAUGGAAGCUAGUGGGAGAUCUUCCUCAUCUUGUAUGAGUCCUGUUUGGAUGUCCCAGCUGUUUUAAAGCAAACGGUGCUGGUGUCGCUUGUGCUCUGAGGCAUCCUCUGUGAUUGUGCGGAGUCUGACAGGCCUGUCUGCCGCCAAUAUGAACAUCCGCCGGGCUCGGCCAGAUGACCUGAUGAACAUGCAGCACUGCAACCUGCUGUGCCUGCCCGAGAACUACCAGAUGAAGUACUACUUCUACCACGGCCUCUCCUGGCCCCAGCUCUCCUACAUCGCCGAGGACGAGGAUGGCAAGAUCGUGGGCUAUGUCCUGGCCAAGAUGGAGGAGGAUCCUGAUGAUGUCCCUCACGGACACAUCACCUCGCUGGCUGUGAAACGCUCCCACCGGCGCCUCGGCCUGGCCCAGAAGCUCAUGGACCAGGCUUCCAGGGCCAUGAUUGAGAACUUCAGCGCUAAGUAUGUAUCCCUGCAUGUCAGGAAGAGCAACCGGGCGGCUCUGCACCUGUAUUCCAACACCCUGAACUUCCAGGUUAGCGAGGUGGAGCCCAAGUACUAUGCAGAUGGGGAAGACGCAUAUGCUAUGAAGCGAGAUCUCUCGCAGAUGGCCGAUGAGCUGAGACGGCAGCUGGUGCUGAAGAAAGGCAGAUAUGUGGUUCUGGGCUCCAAGGAGAAUCAGGGUAGCACACUUCCUGGUUCUGAAGAGGCCAGUCAGCAGGAGAACCUGGCCGGAGGUGACAGUGGUAGUGACGGCAAAGACAGCACUGAUGUCCAAGACAGCUUGCAGACCUUGGGGUCUGCCUCCUAGAGCCUGCCUGCCUGAGCACUGCAGGUCCUUGUGUUUUAGCCACAUUGUUCUUGGGAACCUUGCUCUGUGGUCCCUAAAUGGGACCUGAAUGGCUCUCCUUUCAAAGCUUUAGCAGCAACCUUCUGCAUAACCCGUGUGAUCAUGGAGGCACAGCUAGACACAGAACCUGCUGUGCGGGAGUCAAGGAAGCCCGCCCCAGGACUGCCGUGCAGCCCCUUUCUUGAUUCUGCUCAGUACUGUUGUGACUGUGUAUCCUGCAGGUUUCCGCUUGGAAUGCCAAACAGGAAGUGGGGACAGCUCAAGAUCCCCAGCUUCCGGCCUUUGCAUUAUUUAUCUGGGUUUUUUUUUUUUUUCUUGGAGUAGAAUCAUCAAGUACCUGCCCUUGCUUUCUGUGGAAACUGCCCUGCCCUGCCCUGCCUGGCCCUCCCUCUUUUUGAAGAAGAAUGGUCCCUUUCCUGUGGGAGAAGGUGAUAGGUGUUAGACUAAAGCAGAAUUUGUAGCUCUAAGGAAAGAACACGCAGAAAUUAAAUUGCAUUCUCUAACCUGAAAAAAUAAAAAUAUAAAAAGGA